CCCAUUCUCUCUCCCCACGUUCACACGGGAACAGAGGGAGGAGGCAGCCUUGAGCGACUUCCCCUGGGUGCUUGUCGGCGGCCGGAGCGCAGCACCCGCGUCGUGCCGGGCGCUGGCGGCCUGAGCAUAGCUCCGACGCCGAGCCGAGCCCGUGGUGCGCCGCGCGGGGCCGGCGGCUGGGGCUGCGGUGGCGGCCAGGGGGGCCGGCCUGCGCCGGGGCCCGAGGCUGCGCGCCGCGUCGCGCCUGUGGCCAGGGCGUCGGCCUACUCCGGCGGCCAGAGGCUCUUUGGCCAAGCAAAUUUGGCAGUGAGUGACACCCAAGAAGUUGUUAGUCCUCACAAAAAGGGAUCACGAAAGGCCCGAGAAGGACAAUACUAAGCCAGGAGCCAAGUAGCAACCUGUUCCCUGCUCCAGUCGUUGCUUGAUCGGUCCGAUGCAAAUGCCUUUCUGCUGGGACCGACGAUGCCCGGCACAGGCGCCUGAGAACCACAUCGCCAUCAGAGGAACGGUGGUCGUCUCCUGCCACUUUGGCCUGUCGGUGCCGGGGAAGUCCACCACGCUUCGCCUCUUCAGCAGCACGCAGAUUGACCACAACACGGGGAAGGGAAGGCUGAGCAUGGAGGCGCCGCUGCGGGGCGGCAAGAAGACCAACCACGGCCCCGGCAAGACGAGCACCAUGACGUACCAAGUGACGCUCUUCGUCGACGUCGAGUUCGGCACGCCGGGGGCCGUCGUCGUCAAGAACGGCCUCAAGAACGACCAGUUCUUCCUCCGCUACGUGCAUCUGGAGUUGGCCGAGGACCGGAGCAUCCACUUUGAGUGCAACUCCUGGGUCUACCCCUACAAGAAGACCAACUCCGACCGCGUAUUCUUCAUCAACACGAGCUACCUGCCGGACAAGACGCCAGCGGCGCUGCAGCUGCUGCGUGAGGAGGAGCUGAGGAGCCUGAGAGGGAACGGCCGCGGGGAGCGCAAGGACUGGGAGCGUAUCUACGACUACGACUACUACAACGAUCUCGGCAACCCCGACAAGGAGGAUCGCAUCCGGCCGGUGCUCGGCGGCACCACCACACACCCCUACCCGCGCCGCUGCCGCACCGGCCGCGCCCUCUUCAAGAAAGACGGCGUGACCGAGACGCGCAAGCACAUGAUCAACCUGGACUUCUACAUCCCCCCGGACGAGCGGUUCAACCCGACCAAGCUGGCGGAGGUGCUGACGCUGGCGGUGCAGGCUGUGACGCAUUUCGUGAUCCCGGAGUCCAGGGCUCUGUUCCAGGGCACCAUCAACAGCUUCAAGUCCUUUGAUCAGCUGAGGAGGGACCUGUACAGCAAGCCUCAGCAGCCUGCCGUGGAGGGCGUCGUGAUGGACAGGCUCAAGACCUCCGUGCCAUCGCAGAAGACCUACAAGCAGGUGUCCAAGAUGGUCAAGGAGACGCCGGUCAAGUUCCCGAUCCCUCAAGUCAUUGAGCAUGACCGAGAGGCGUGGAGGACCGAUGAAGAGUUCGCGAGGGAGAUGCUUGCAGGGCUCAACCCGGUUGUGAUCAAGAGAUUAGAUGUGUUUCCGCCAGUUAGUAGUGGAGGGAAGAAGAGCUCGAUUACUGCUGCUCAUAUCGAGGGUCAGCUUGAAGGACGAACUGUCGAAAAGGCAAUAGAGCAGAAUAGGCUCUAUAUUCUGGACCACCACGACUAUCUGAUGCCGUACCUGAGGCGCAUCAACACAUUGGGGGUGUGCAUCUACGCGUCGCGCACGCUGCUCUUCUUGAAGGACGACAGCACCUUGAAGCCUGUGGUGAUAGAGCUGAGCCUGCCAAAUGACGGCGGGGGUGACGAUGAGAUGAGUAGGAUCUUCCUCCCUGCAAGCGAUGGGAUUGAUGGACAUCUGUGGCAGCUUGCUAAAGCCCAUGUUUCCGUCAAUGAUUCAGGCUACCAUCAGCUGAUUAGCCACUGGCUGUUCACUCAUGCGGCAGUGGAGCCAUUCAUCAUCGCGACAAAGAGGCAGCUGAGCGCUAUGCACCCGGUCAGCAAACUACUGGAGCCACAUUUCAAGGACAACAUGCAGAUCAACACCUUGGCCAGGAGCAUCCUCCUCAGUGCCGGAGGCAUCCUUGAGACCACAAUGUACCCGGGGAAGUACGCCGUGGAGAUGUCGUCGGCCAUCUACUCCCAAUGGAGGUUCACCGAGCAGUCCCUACCAAAGGAACUCAUCAAGAGGGGUGUGGCGUCCAAGGAUCCCAGCGGGGCGGUGACCCUGCACAUCGAGGACUACCCUUACGCCGUGGACGGCCUGGACGUGUGGCGCGCCAUCGAGCGGUGGGUGCAGAGCUACUGCGCGCACUUCUACCACUCGGACGCGGCGGUGGCCGGGGACAGGGAGCUGCAGGCGUGGUGGGACGACGUCCGCCUCGUCGGCCACGGCGACCGGCAGCACGACCCGGCGUGCUGGCUCGAGCUGGACACGGCGGCGCGCCUCGCCGAGACGCUGUCGACGCUCGUCUGGAUCGCGUCCGCCCUGCACGCCGCCGUCAACUUCGGCCAGUACGGGUACGCGGGGUUCAUGCCGAACCGCCCCACCCGGUGCCGGCGGUUCGUGCCGCAGCCGGGCUCGCCGGAGAUGGCGCAGCUGGAGGCCGACCCGGAGAGGUUCUUCCUGGAGAUGGUCCCCGACCGGUUCACCACCACGCUGGGGCUGGCCCUCAUCGAGGUGCUGUCCAACCACACCUCCGACGAGCUCUACCUGGGCCAGCGCGCGACGUCAUCGUGGACGGACGACGGCAAGGUGCUGCAGCUGCUGGACGGGUUCCGGGAGGAGCUCCGGAGGGUGGAGAAGCGGGUGGCGGAGAGGAACAGGGACCCUCGGCUCAAGAACCGGAGGGGCCCCGCCAAGGUGCCGUACACGCUGCUGUUCCCCGACGUCGGAAACGUCGGCGGCAAGGAGAAGGGGAUCACCGGCAAAGGGAUACCCAACAGCGUCUCCAUAUGAUACAAUACAGCUGGACUGUAUAUACAUACUGCUCCCUCCGUUCCAAAAUUAUUAAUCAUUCAAGUUUUAUCUAAAUACAUACACCUAGGAAAACUAAAGUGACUAAUAAUUUAGGACGGAGGGAGUAUAUAUGAAUGUUUCUUGCAUUUGGUUGCUUGUCGUUUUAUUCUAUUGAAUGGAGGGAUGUGAUUACUACCAUUGCUAAUUUCUGUGUGAGCGUAUUGUUAAUUGUGUAUAAGUAUGUGAUGGAUUGCCUUGUGUAAUUUGUCAUGUCACUUGAUCCAGUUUAUGAAAUAAGCGAUAUAAUUUUUUCUAUAGUGAA